AUUAACAAGUAUUGAGCCUUUAAAAAAUUGCACAGAUGAAUUAGCAGAGUGAAGUAUAGUAUGUGGUCAAAGAUGACGGAUGAGUAUGUUCAGAGUGAUGGUACACUGCAAAAGGUAUCAAAGUGGCGACCAGUAAAUAAAGAAGGAUCUUUUAAUGACCUAGUGAGAGGUAUUACACCUAACACUAUUGCUUACAGAAAUAGAAGCUGUUUCUGCUAUCCAUGCAGAAAUUCAUAUGGCAGUCAGUGCCUGCAUGAUGAAAUAUGUGGCUCUUGGAAGGUGUUCAAACUUCAGAAACAAAAUGUAGUGCAAUCUCAGUCAAAUCUUGAAGACUCUUUGGAUGUCAGUCCCAUAUGCUCAAAUUCAAAGGCCCAAACAAUUUCCUUCACUCAUCAAAAGUACAUUGUAAAUAGCUGUGUGAUUGUCAAGUAUGGGGAAAUAUUCUAUCCAGGUAUAAUUUUUUGCACUGUGUACCUUUUAAUUUCAAUAAACAAGUUCAAAGUAUGUUUUAGAUUGAAGUAUUAACUUUUCAACAUUGCUGGUAAUUUUUUCUAACAGGAGU